AUGGCGAAUUGCAUUUUCAGCAACACGGAAAGGAAGGAACUGCAGAUGCUGAAGAGGCACUUUAGGGUUGCUCACCCAGGGGUAACCCAACCAGACAAGGCAAUAUACAAAAGGGGGAGGGGGAAGAGGGGGAGGCAGGAAGUUUACCUGCAUGGGAAUUUCCCCAACUACUUUUACGAGCGGUACUGGAAGAGGAAAAAGAAGUGUGAAGAAAUCCCCCAGGGUGGGGCAGUUACCCCAGGUGAGGCGGUCUCCCCAGGAGAGGCGGUCACCCAAUGUGAAGAUGAAGAAGCCACGGGGAAGAAAGAAGCAGAUAAGGAAAGCAAAGCGAACGAACGAAUCUGCAAGGUGAUGGAAGUGGCCGAGACGGGCAAGAAGCAAAUCAUCGAUGAUUACAGAUUAACCCACGUGAAUAACCUCAUGAAGGGGAUCUUUCAUGGCAAGGAUAUCCUGGACAUUGGCUGCAAUUGUGGAGUAACCACCUUUUUGCUAAGUCUUAAAUACAAGUGCCGAGUGGUCAAUGCCAUUGACAUUGAUUGCAACCUCAUUAACAGCAACGUUACUUUGCUGAGGACUUUCAUCGAGUUUGUUUUGGUGCACAACAGCCAGAGCCAUGUGGUCCCCUUUUUCCUGCGCCGCCGCAACUUGACGCAAAUGCAGCGGGACGUCUUCCUCGAGGUGCACCUCCUAAGGGAGGCAGUAAAAGGGGAAGCAGCGGGGGGAAAAACAGGCGAAGUGGUAAAAAGCGAAGCGGUAAAAGGCGAAACAGCGGGGGGCAAAAUAGACGAAUUGGUAAAAAGCGAAACGGCGGGGAACAAACCCGAGAGCGAGCAAAAAAUGGCCUCCCCGCGCGAGCAAACAAUGCCCCCCCCGCGCGAGCACGUCUUCCCCUUCAACAUAUAUUUCUCCUGCUCGAACAUUUUUGACGAAGUGUUCCAAACCGCGCAGAGCAAGUACGACGUAAUUAUUUGCUUUUCUGUGCUGAAGUGGAUACAUCUGAACCAUGGAGACGCUCAGGUGAUUCUCUUUUUCGAUCGCAUCCACAGUUUGCUAAAAGAGGGGGGGCACUUCGUCUUGGAAUAUCAUAACGAGAUAAAAUACAAAGUUAAGAAAUGUGACAGGGGUUAUUACACUCACGAGACAAAGCUGAAUCAUAAACAUUUUGAUGCCAUUGCUCGGGGGGCGCAUCAAAAUAGCAGUAGGAUGAAGCUCGUUGAACGCACGAUUUUUGACGCCAACUGGGAAGAAGGCCAAAGGGGGAAGAAGAAAGAGCCAGGCAUGUUCAGCAGAAUUGUUUGCAUUUAUCGGAGGGAGUAA